AUGGCGGCAGAAAUCCAGCCCCAGCCGCAGGCUCGGAAGCCAUGUCUACUGAGCAAAAUCGAAGCUUUCCAGGAGGUUGUGAGCACGGCGAUGAUCAUCCCCAAGGAAGACGGCGUUAUCAGUUUGUCUGAGGACAGGGCGAUUCGAGUAUGGCUGAAGAGAGACAGUGGCCAGUACUGGCCCAGUGUCCAUCACACAAUGCCAUCUUCAUGCUCCUGUAUGUCCUUUAACCCGGAGACCAGGAGACUUUCAGUGGGGAUGGACACUGGAGUUAUUUGUGAGUUCAUCCUGUCCGAGGACUACAACAAGAUUACCCCAGCAUGCACCUACCAGGCUCAUCAGGGCAAAGUGACAGUGGUGCUGUUUGUAUUGGAGAUGGAGUGGCUCCUCAGUACUGGGCAGGACAAAAACUUCACCUGGCACUGCUCAGAGAGUGGUCAGCAACUUGGAACGUACCGCACCACUGCCUGGGUCUCCGGUCUACAAUUUGAUGUGGAGACCAGACACGCCUUUGUAGGAGAUCAGUCUGGUCAGGUGACCAUCCUGAAGCUGGAGCAGGACAGCUGUGGCCUUGUCACCACCUUUAAGGGACACACUGGUAAUGUAACAGCACUGUGCUGGGACCCAGUCCAGAGGGUGCUGUUCUCUGGCAGCUCAGACCACUCCAUCAUCAUGUGGGACAUUGGAGGGCGCAAAGGCACAGCUAUCGAGCUGCAAGGACACAAUGACAAGGUGCAGGGCCUGUGUUACGCCUCACACACUCGUCAGCUCAUCUCCUGCAGCUCAGAUGGAGGAAUCGUCAUCUGGAACAUGGACGUAAAACGACAAGAGACCCCAGAGUGGCUGGACAGUGACUCCUGUCAGAAGUGUGAGCAGCCAUUCUUCUGGAACUUCAAACAAAUGUGGGAUAGUAAGAAGAUUGGCCUGCGACAGCACCACUGUAGGAAGUGUGGCCAGGCUGUGUGUGGCAAGUGCUCGUCCAAACGCUCCACCAUCCCCCUCAUGGGCUUCGAGUUCGAGGUGCGCGUGUGUGACAGCUGCCACGAGUCCAUCACCGACGAGGACCGAGCACCCACCGCCACCUUUCACGACAGCAAGCACAACAUUGUUUACAUGCACUACGAGCCCACCACUGGAAACCUGCUCACCUCUGGCUCAGACAAGGUCAUCAAGCUGUGGGACAUGACGCCUGUGGUGUCCUGAGGUCUGUGGACGCACAUCGGUCAGGACUGACUUCUGUUCACCAAACAAUCACAGUUGAACAGCAGCAACCACAUCUGAGAGAAGGUCAUUCUUCACUUUGUGAAUUACAUUUCAAUUAUUUGAUAACAAGCAGUGGCUGCUGCAGUGAAGACUACAGAGACCAGUGUAUCCUGGGAAACAGGCCUGGGUGGGAACCGAGGUCAAAGACUGCUGCGGAUGUUUGUUUAGUGUGAACGCUGCUACGUGUGUGUGUGUGUGUGACAGUGAGAUGUUUGACUUUUGUGAGAAACUGACUCACAGUGUUUGCUCACUUUCUCUGCAUUCCUGUCCACUUAUCAGUGUGGAACAUUUUUUUGAGGAUGUGUAGUUGUUCACAACAUGAGUGACUGACACCAUGAUCUUCAUCACCAAGGUUCAGAUGUGAAAGAUUAUAUCAUUCAUCCAUCUCUAUCAUUCACAGCAGUUUUUCAACUACAAAGAAAAAAUGUUUAAACCUGUUUAAAAAGCUGCGUUUGUUGUUGUUGAUGCAAAUGUUUUUGUCCCUAGUGUUUGUAACUCUGUUGAUACAGCUGUAAGUUAUUAAGGCAAAGUGAAGACAGUUCAUCGUGAGAUCACCCUACAUAUCCACUGCAUGACUUAUUUUCACUGCACUAAAAGGGUUAAACAUCAACUCCUAUUUAUAAUAUCUUACAAUAUAAAAACGCCUAGAGAAUUCUAGAGAACCAGGCACAAAGUAGACACAUCUCAACAAGAAGUCCUGGUUUGUGACCACUACAAUAUCUUUUGCAGUUUGAGGAGAAGGUGAAUGUUUACGUUAACUGUUGGUACAACUGUAAAUCUAAGUGCUUGUUUUUUGUCCUUGUUUAAGUUUUAACUUGAAUUUUUGAGCUUUACUGCAACCAAAUAUCCAAUAACACUGGACAAAAUGCAAAAAUGUUUUUUAGGCCUAGUGUGAUGUCUAGUAUCAAAUAUACUGGUACUCUCUUCUUGGAAUACACCCCUCCAUUUGAGUAGAAAAUACUUUUAAUUCCGCUGAAAAGCAUGAAACGCUUUAGCUGUCUCCUGCAAAUUGCUUACUGUCCUCAGCUGUAGACCUUGUGGUCUGUAGAUGGUGCUGAUGAGCAGAUCAGCAGCAAGUGCAUGAUGGGAUUGCUUGCCGCGGGGAUCAGUUCAGCUGUAACGCAAACAUUUAAAAAAGGAUGUCAUUUCGCUUUUUUAUAACUCAAGUCAAGACACUGGAAUAAAUGAGUCGGACGAGGAACGUGUACUUCAAACCGAUGCUGUGAAUAUAAUUGUUAUUAUCAUAGAAUUUGUGUUACAACUAUCAAAUUUACUUAAGUUUAUUUUAUUGAAACAGUUGAUAAUUCAAAUAUGUUAAGUUUAGUUGUAACAUUUAAAGAAACUCAAAGAGGUACGUGAUUCUAAAAUGUUUAAGCAAAACCUGAACUUUAAUCGGUUUACUUUUGUUACCGAUUUUAGGUCCACUUACAAACAAGCUACUGGUUUCAAAUAUGGCCGCCUGAAGUAUUCUCAUACAAACCUCAACGUAAUACUGGUGAACCGUCUGAAAGGCGCGCCAGUUAUCCUCAGUAUGUGACUAAAGAUUAAUAAAUUAAUACAGAUUUAAGUCUGAAAACAAGAGGCCAGUAUUGAACGUGUUUGUGAACGUGUUUGUAACAGUUGUUGUUUAUUAAAGCAGCAGGUAUU